AACUAUAGGAUACGGGUGCUUUGUUGUGAAGCAAACCCGGACUGUGUAACAACAUCUAUCCCAACUACCACCCCUACGACCUCAACUUUUCCGGUCUCAACAACAACGCCCAUUGUUACGAAGACACCGGAAAUGCUAACUAUGACCAUUCCCCCACCCACCUCAACAGGGCCAACCGCAACCACCAGCAGCACCACCACCAAAGAGACAACACCCACCAUCACAACAACCGUUACCAGGCCCACAACUCCCACAAUAAGCACUACCGCUCUGCCCACCACCACAACGUUACCUUCUACAAGCACAACUCUCCCCACGACCAUCCCAACGAAGACCACCCCAUGUGCACCCGUCACCUGCCAGUGGUCAGAAUGGUUUGAUGUUGACUUUCCGGUUUCUGGACCCGAAGGAGGAGACUUUGAAACAUACAGCAAUAUACGAGCUGCGGGAGGCAACUUCUGUAGAAACCCUAUCGAUAUACAAUGUCAGGCUGAAAGCCACCCACACCUAACCAUAGAAGAGGUUGGUCAAGUUGUUCAGUGUAAUGUCACAGUUGGACUGGGUUGCCGGAAUAAGGACCAAACUGGGAAAGCUAAGCGAUGCCUGAACUAUAGGAUACGGGUGCUUUGUUGUGAAGCAAACCCGGACUGUGUAACAACACCCAUCCCAACCACCACCACUACGACAUCAACUUUUCCGGUCUCAACCACAACGCCCAUUGUUACAAAGACACCGGAAGUGCUAACCACAAGCGUUCCCCAAACCACCUCAACAGGGCCAACCGCAACCACCAGCAGCACCACCACCAAAGAGACAACACCCACCAUCACAACAACAGUUACCAGGCCCACGACUCCCACAAUAACCACUACCGCUUUGCCCACUACCACAACGUUACCUACUCCAAGCACAACUCUCACCACGACCAUCCCAACGGAGACCACCCCAUGUGCACCCGUCAUCUGCCACUGGUCACAAUGGUUUGAUGUUGACUUUCCGGUUUCUGGACCUGAAGGAGGAGACCUUGAAACAUUCAGCCAUAUACGGGCUGCAGGAGGCAAAUUCUGUAGAAACCCUGUCAAUAUACAAUGUCAGGCUGAAAGCCAGCCAGACCUAACCAUUGAAGAGGUUGGUCAAGUUGUUCAGUGUGAUGUCACAGUUGGACUGGUUUGCCGGAAUAAGGACCAAACUGGGAAAGCUAAGCGAUGCCUGAACUAUAGGAUACGGGUGCUUUGUUGUGAACCAAACCCGGACUGUGUAACAACGCCUGUAAUCACAACUGUUAUCAGCCCCACAUCACCUGGGAUAACCACUACUGCUUUGCCCCGAACCACAGCGUUACCCCCUCUAAGAACAACUCUCACUACCUUUACCCCACUGCAGACAACAGCCAUCCCAACCACCACCUCUACUCCUUUGAUAACCACAACCACCACCAGUGCCACCACCAAAGAAAUCACACCUUCUGUGGUAACUACAGAAAUACCUACUCAAACCUCCUUAGGCAGCAGCACAAGUCAUUGUUUCUGCCAGAUUGGAGAAAAGAUUUAUAAACCUGGUGAAAUUAUUUAUCAACAAACAGACAGCGAUGGUUGCCUUUAUUUUGCCAUUUGUGGUAGUACAUGUUCUGUUGAAAGACACAAGGGGCCAUGCAGAUCAACAACAGCCGAACCCACCUCUUCUCCCACAGUAGUCUCCACCACUCCUAUUACCACUACCACUACAAUUGGCACUACCCUACCACCUGGCUGCCCUGAUACUAUUCCACCCCGGGAGGUGGGUGAGACAUGGAUAACAAACUGCACCAAAUCAACAUGUUUAGGAAACAACAACAUUGUGAUAAGUAAAGUGAAGUGUCCACCAGUACAGAAUAUUGUGUGUGAAAAUGGCUACCCACCAACAAAAAUCUUCUCAGAGGAUGGUUGUUGUUAUCACUAUGAAUGUCAAUGUAUUUGUAGUGGCUGGGGUGAGCCUCACUUUAUCACAUUUGAUGGAGUCUACUACAAUUUCUUGGACAAUUGCACUUAUGUACUGGUGCAGCAAAUUAUACCAAAAUAUGAUAAUUUUAAAGUCCUUAUUGAUAAUUACUACUGUGAUUCAGAAGAUCAACUUUCCUGUCCCCAGUCUAUUAUUAUACACUACAAAUCUUCGGUCGUAGUGUUAACUCGCCAACGCUUUAAUGGAAUAGAAACUAACAAGAUCUAUUUCAAUGGGAAAGUUGUCACAACAGGUUUCCAGAAAGACGGUAUUUAUAUCUACAUUAUUGGCAUUAAUAUGGUGGUUGAAAUUCCUGAAGUUGGAGCUAUUGUCACCUACAAUGGUUUAGUCUUCUCGAUAAAGCUUCCAUACAGCAAGUUUGGCAACAAUACUGAAGGACAAUGUGGUACUUGCACUAACAAUAGGACAGAUGAAUGUCGCUUACCAAAUGGUGAAGUAACAGGUUGUUCCCACAUGGCUCCCCAUUGGAAAGUGCCUGAUUCUAAAAAAGAUUACUGCUUUGGACCAACACCAUCUGUACCAACUUUCACUACACCUCCACCUGGAACAUGUAGCCCAGCUCCUCUCUGUUCCCUGAUUUUGAAUGAAACCUUCUUGGAGUGCCAUAAGUUCAUACCCCCAGAACCUUACUUCCAAGGCUGUCUCUUUGAGGCUUGCAACACAAAAAAUGUCUCCAUGCAGUGUUCAGAAUUAGAGACAUAUGCUUCUAUCUGCGCCUCUAUAGGUGUUUGUAUCGAUUGGCGAGGGAAGACCAACAAUGCAUGCCCAUUUAGCUGUCCUACAGAUAAAGUAUAUGAUCCAUGUGGCCCCAUCAAUCCUCCCACAUGUAACAAUGAUCCUCAGGAGACUGGAAUAAUGGAAGGUUGCUUCUGUAAAAAUGGAACCAAACUCUUCAGUGCCCACAAGGAUAUCUGUGUCCCUGAUUGUGGUUGUACUGGACCAGAUGGGUUACCCAAAGCGCCUGGAGAAACUUGGAUUAGCAAUUGCCAGAACUGUACUUGUGAGGAACAUUCUCUUGUAGUACAAUGUACAAAAGAACCAUGUCCUACAAAACCUACUCCUGUGGAAUGUUUUUUUGAAGGGUUUGUACCCAUCACAAUAUUAACCCCUGAAGAAAAGUGCUGUCCUCAAAAACACUGUGUGUGCAACACUUCUCACUGUCCCAAGUCUAUUGAAACCUGUCCAUUAGGAUAUGAAUUAAAGAAGGAAAACAUGCCAGGAGACUGCUGCAUUAACACCACUUGUGUGAAAGUACCAGGCUGUGUUGUCAAUGGGAGCUUCUACAAUCCUGGGGCAGUCAUACCAGGAGGAUUAUGUGAAUCAUGCAGAUGCUCUGAAAAAGAACAUCCAGAAAACAAGGUGGAGUGUGUGUUUCAAACAUGUGACAAAAGAUGCCCAGUGGGUCAAGAAUACAAGGAAAUACCUGGACAAUGCUGUGGUCAUUGCACUCAAGUAGCUUGUGUUCUGACAGACUUGUAUCCUGUCCAAGUGAUCAAGCCAGGAGAAAUCUGGUACCCACAAGGAGACAAUUGUACUUUCUAUGAAUGUGAACACAUGGAGAACCAAUAUAUUACUGUCACUAUCAAGAAAUCCUGCCCUCCAUUUGAUCCAUCUAAAUGCCAACUUGAGGAUGUGCAGGUAACUGAGGAUGGCUGUUGCAAGUUGUGCAGAUCAACAGCAAAAGAACCCUGUGCACCAAGAAGUAUCAAUAAAACAAUAAAACACAAUGGCUGUGAAGCUUCUUCACCUAUCCAAGUAACAUACUGUGAAGGCAACUGUGACAGCAUUUCAAAGUAUUCAUAUGAAGCAAACACAAUGGAUCAUAAAUGCUCAUGUUGUCGAGAGCGAAAGACUAGGAAGAGGCAGGUGACCUUGAUUUGCCCCCAUGGUUCCACUGUGGAUUAUUCUUACAUCCAUGUUGAUGAGUGUGAGUGUGUCAACAGUGAAUGCACCAUUCUGCCCACUCCCACACCACCUCAGCAAGAACAGCAACAAGAGGUGUCCACCUUCCCACCACAGCAGCAGCAGCAAGAGGAGCAGCAGCAGCAGCAGCAAGAGCAGCAGCAGCAGCAGCAGCAAGAGCAGCAGCAAUUUAUUACUAUUGCAACAAGGGGAAGAAAAACCUGUGAAGUGUGGGUGCUGCUGAAGAAGACUAUCUGUUUACAUGAUACCAUCAGCAUAGUAAUUGUAUGA